AUGACAUGUUUUGCAGUGUGCAAUAUUGUCUUCGCCGGAGCAGAAUUCACUGCCAAACCUGGUAUUUUCAUUUACGGAACUUCGCUCAUGACGUUCAGCCACGGUAUCCUUCAGAAUAUGAAGCCAUGGGGUUUUCUGUCGCUCUGUGUGUUUAUAGGCAUGUAUGGUGUCACCACAGCUCUCUUAUCACUCCAUUUCGCCUACAGAUAUGUAGCUGUUUGCAGGCAACAUUUGUUGCGUAUUUUUCACCAAACUACCUCCAUCACUGUUGUUAUUUUAUCCGUACUCUCAUGGGGAUUAAUUUAUGGCUUUAUAACAUUCUAUUGUUUCGCCGCUAGGGACCAUUAUUACAAGUACGCCAACUCAUCGGUUUACGCCAAGUUCGGAGAAGAUGCUCACAGCCUGUCUUUCUUUUGCAUCUUCACCCACAAUAUACGCAUUUAUGCCAUUGAUUGUGACUACUUACACGGUCGUCGACCCUCUUGCGAUAAUGUUCUUCGUAUGUGA